AAAGAUUCCCACAGUCGAGCUGUCAGAGCAGCCUGAGAGCCUGUUCCUGCGUGUUCUCACACGACUUCCACUUCACAUUCACAUUCAAGCCCUGAUCAACAUGCAGAAGUUUGCUCCACCAGCGGCUUGGAUUUGUCUUGUCGAGCGUCUGGAAGUGGUUUGUGCUGCUGAUGCAGUGAGCGGGCCCAGUGCCGGUUCUGGUGCUCGGGGGCCGGUCCAGCAGUGGAAAAGUAACUGGUGACUCACCUCCUCAGGGAAAUGGGAGGUGCUACGAGCCUGAGCAGCAGCAGCAGCUCUCUGAGCAGCUUAUUCGUCUUAAACACUCAGAGAGAUAGUGUGAAUCAUAUAGAGGCUUCCAAAAUACAGGAACCCAAGCUGGGAAAAGCUGGAAAUCCGACACUCCGAUGCAUGAGCCGAGAAGAGGAAACUUCAAGGAAGUAGAAGAAACUCGUUGGUCUGGAUUUCUGGACUUUGCCUCUCCCCGCUGCUGCUGGAGCAGAAUUUGCUUUUUAGUCCCUGCCUGUUAAAAUGGCUGCUAAAAUGCCAAACGGCUCCAACUUUCAGCUCAUUGAAGACUGUGAAGUUAUACACGAGAACUUGUACAAGUUUUAUGCAAGUGUGAUGAUCUUGAUUUUCAUCUUGGCUCUGCCUCUGAACGGAUCCGUUCUCCACCUUUUCAUAUUCAAGCUGAAGUUCUGGAACUCAAACACCAACAACGUGUUCCUCUUCAACCUGGUGCUGGCCGACAUCCUCCUUCUUUUCUGUUUGCCAAUCAAGUCCUACAACUUCAUCAUGGGGGAGAGGAGGAGCACGGACGAUGUGAUGUGUAAGGCCAUGCUCUUCAUGCUGUUUUUGAACCGCGGCGCCAGCAUCGCCUUCCUCACCGUCACCUCCAUCAACCGCUACUUCAACGUGGUGCACCCCGGACGCAAAACUCUGCUGAGGUCGCUCAAGAAAUCGCCGCAGAUAUCAGUUCUCAUCUGGCUGAUCCUUUUUCUUUUCACCAUUCCCACCAUGAUGAAGAACUUUGAGUGCUGCAACAACUUUGGCAGCAACGACGAGAACGCCAGCACCAACAAAACCAAAGAGGAUGCUCUGGUUCGGGAUCCAGAGGACUUCCUGAGAGAGAUGAUCUUCUUCACCCAGAUCCUCAUCCCGUUCUUCAUCCUGGUCUACUGCACUGUCCGCAUCGUCAGCCGGCUCAGGAUGAAGACGGUCGGGAACAUGACCAAACUGAGGAGAGCCGUGAUUCUGGUGACCACCGUCAUGGUGGUGUUCUCCUUCUGCUUCCUGCCCUGCACCAUCGCCCGCAUGAUUCUGCUGGUGGUUCGGGUCCAGGAGAUGAGCGAGCACAUCCAGGACAAAGCCACCGCCAUCUUUGACGGCCUCGUGGUCCUGUCCUACAUGGACUGUCUGCUGGAUCCGCUGGUCUACUGCUUCUCCAGCACCAACUUCAAGAAUCUGUACCUCUCCACGUACUUACCGUUUUUAGUCAGAACACCUCCGAAGAUUGAAAGUUCUACAGGAAAUACGACACAGCCGUCACGAAACCGAGUGGUUUGAGAAAGCUGCAGCCGCUUUCCCUCAGAAACCUUCAGGAUUCAUUCCAGCUGCCAGAAGAACCAGCCAAAGAACAAUUAUGAACUGUUUUGUCGUCAAACUUUUGCACAAAUGUAAAAGUUUAUUUGACUUAUUUUUGUAAUAAUGUGAAAGAAUGUGAACGUUGUACAAUAAGAGAAACAUUUGCUGUCCAGAGUUUUUAAAGCUGUUUAUGUUUUGAUAUAAAUUAUUCCAUCUUGAGAUGAAA